AUGCUUUUACAGGUUUCGCAUUCUUGUAGUUGGAGUCAUGAACCCCCCUCUCCAUGCUUCUCCUGUAUUCUCCACAAGUCUUCCACAAUGACACCUCCAGCCUCCAGUCACAACCCCAUCGAGAGUCAGCAAGUCCAAGGCCACCGUCCACCUGCUGCAAGGAAAAAUCCCUGUGUUUAUUGUCCACGGAGUUUCAAGCGCGCCGAGCACCUACAGCGCCAUAUUCGCAUUCACACCAAGGAUAAGCCGUAUAUCUGUCACUGUGGAACAGCUUUUGCACGCCGUGACCUGCUCACUCGGCAUGAGAGGCUUUCUCACGACCACAAUAGCCCUGGCCGAAGAGUCCAAGCAUCGACCGAUCUUCGAGCCACGAAGAGUGAUACUGUUGCACAAUCACAUGCAGACGCAUUAAACGCAGUAGACAUUUCGCUAUCCGACUGGACGGCACCUGUCUCCGGAAAGGGCACUGGGAGCCAAUGGGUUGAUCAUGAAAACAACAGUGGCUCAAUUUAUCAGAUUCUAUCCAACGAUGCACUAGGCACGUUAUCGCAGGUCGAGGGGCCUGUGCAUCUCGUGACGGAGACAGCGACCGAUCAACAAUUUGGGCAACAUAUGCCACAAAACAAUGAAGAUGGUUUUCUAAGUCCAGAAGCGACACUUAAUUUCCUGAAUGAUGAUGGAAGUCAUUUUCAGGAAUUCGCCAGAUUUCUUGAUGGAAUAGGACUUCCGGCAGAGUGGACACCUCCCGACAUUAGGCAUGAACUCGAUGCGAGUGAGGCUGAAGCUGAAGGCCAUGACAAGAGAGAGUCGAAUGACGCAUACUCGACGAAUGGCGAAUCAGGCCCAAGUUCCCCUUUCGGUUCAUGGCCACCUUCAGUACCACAAGGCGACCAGCCUUUGAGUUCUGUAUCAGACAAAGACCCCCAUGAUUCCACUUUCCAGACAUUCUCACUGCGAGUAAACUCCGAUAUUCGAGCACACUUCAAUGCCAACCUAGAAAAUUAUCACAACGUUAUUCCAGAUUUUGUUUUACCAUCGAGGCAUACUCUCACCAGAUAUGUCGCUGCUUUCUUCGGAGGGUUCCAUUCACACCUUCAGUUUCUUCAUGCUCCGACAUUUCGACUCGACAGUCGCCCCAUUGAACUUAUCCUUGCAAUCUGCGCUACAGGUGCGCAGUACUGUUUUGAGCAUCGGAACGCAAAACUUCUUUUUCGCGCUGCGAAAGCCAUUGUAAUGGAGUCUCUGUCAAAAGAAGCAGAUGCACUGCACCAAAGGGCAGAACCAGUCUCACUGCUUAAGAGUUUGAGCAGUCAACUGCUUCAGCAGCCUUCUAGUUCGCCCUCUUACACUAUGCUGCCUCCAAACUCGGAGCAUCCAAAUUCCAGAUCAUACGAUUCGAUGGACACAAUCCGUUGCUUAUUGAUUCUCAUGGGCUAUGCUACUUGGGAAGAUUCAGAGCUUCUUCGUCAAGCGUUGAAUCUUCAGAGCAUCCUUGUGCAUUCUCUUAGAGAGGUAGGACUAAGAGAAACCCAGGAGAUCAGUUCAAACUCCACAGAUUUAUCGUGGAUUGAAUGGUCGGAACAAGAGUCAGUCAGAAGAACAAAACUCGUGUCAUUCACCUUUAUUCAUGUCCACAGCAUCGCAUACAAUGUUUACCCAGCACUUCGAAGUAAUGAGAUUUAUCUUCGCUUGCCCUGCUCAACAAAAGAGUGGAACGCUCAAUCUGCUGCUCAGUGGCAAGCUGCAAGACGCAAUAUAAAGGCAGAGCAGCUUUAUUUCCAAGAUGCCUUAUCUCGUCUUCUCACAAUUUCGGAAGGCAGUUCCCACAUCAAUCCCGUACCAGCGCCGCUUGGAAACUACAUACUGCUUCACGGUCUUCUUCAAAGGAUGCACCUAAUACGAGAACUUUCUCUAUCUACACUGGAUUACUCUACGGCUUUACCAGAUGAGGAGCUGAACAAGAUUGAACGGGCGCUCCGAUCUUGGACUCUGGUGUGGAAGCAAGCUCCAGAAUCCAGCCUCGAUCCCUCAAAUGAGAAUGGGCCAAUCCCGUUCACAUCAAGCGCCCUCCUUGGUCUUGCGUAUAUUCGCGCAUGCGUGAAUCUAGGCCCACAUCGAGCACUCGAAACACGGAAUCCGUCGCUCAUUGCCGCUAGAAUUGCAAAAGCCCCAUCUCCAUCACGGAGUCGUUUCUUGAUCCCCGCCCUUAUUUACUCUACACAUGCGCUGAGCAUCCCCGUCCGGCUUGGAAUUGAUAGCGUUGCACGUAGUCAAGCAUUUUUUUGGAGUGUCCGUCACUCUCUCUCCAGUCUGGAAUGUGCUGUCUUUUUGAGUAAAUGGUUGUGCUCUUUAUUUCCACCAAAGAAUUCACAAUCAUUGACAGAAAACGAAAAACGUAUCCUCAACUGGGUUGAUGCUAUUGUACAAGAAGCAAUAUUAUACUUGGACUUUGAAGAGGUAGAUGCCUCGAUAAGAGUUGAUGUCUCACGACCGCAUACGUUGGGCCUAGCAGUCCUGAGGCUUUGGGCGCGCUUGUUUAAGCACAAUGUCCAAUGGCCAUUUAUCAACAUGAUUGGUGAAGCAUUGGAAGACUACACAGACACCUUACAGCAAGGAAAGUAUUUUUAA